AUGAUUGAUAAUUUAUUAGAGAACUCUUUUAGAUAUUUCAUAAUAGAAAAUAGCUCUGAUAUUGAAGAAAUAAUUAACAAAGAAGUUUUCAAUCUAGGGACAAAUUUAUACUAUUUAUUUACAGAUGACAACACUUCAUGGAAAAUAGUAGAAAAUUUAGAAAAUGCAAAACUAUUGGGAUUAGGAAGCUCAGUUUUAAUGAGCCAUGAAAGUAGCUAUAAUUUGACACUUGAAGGGUCAUUAAUCAUUGCUCCUAAAGACCAAGUAUCUUCUGAAUCAAAAGAAGAGUAUAUCGCAAAUCAAAUAUUAUUCGCAAUACAAAGCUAAGAUUAUAUUGGCCAUACAUAGAGUUAACUAAUAGCCUUCGCCUUAUCUUGGCUCCAAAACCAGUCUUCAUAAACUCGGAGUUCUAAUGGGGAAAAACGGAAGGUCCUUUUGAUUUCCGGCCUGAACCACCGUCCAAGAAUAAGCUACUAAAGGGAGCCACCGUUUGAAGGAUGCCUCAAUAGCCUAUUCAACUCGUCUGGUAUGGACAGGAAAACGUUUAAGACAAAAACUUCCCUGCUCUGCUGUUUCCCUUUUAGAUGAUCUACUCCACUUACUAGGAGCAUCUUUCGCAAUCCAUCACGAGGUGCACCUAAGAGUCUAAUUCCGUCCCCUUUACCAUUUUCUUUAUUCAAUACAAGGAAUUUUAACUGACUUUAAUGAUCAAUAUGAAUUAAGGCAAGCUGCUGAGAGCUUAUGCCCUAAUCAUUUUUGUGAAAAUUCAUUUAGCUUACUGAAUGUAAAAAAUGGAAGCAGGGUAUUUAUUGGGGAUGCAUUUGACCAAAGCUUUAAUAAUAUCACUUUUAUUGGCAAUUCACAAGCAAUACCUUCAUCAGAAAAAAAAGUAUUAGAAAUAGGCUUAAAUAGCGGGAUUCAUAAUCCUAAUGGAGUUCAAAGCUACCCUUUUAACACAAUUGAAUUUGCAGGCAGCAAUUUAGCUAUCUCUCUAAUAAAUAAAGACGAAUUAGGGAUUCUUGACAAUUUUGCAAUUCAAGGAAAUAGUUUUGAUUGCGGCAGCACAACAGUUAAUGCAACAUUCCAAUUAAGCUGUUUCAAGCAAAAUAUAACUAAAAUUGGUCUUAUUUAUAUUCCCCCCAGCAGCACAGCCGUCUUUAACGGAAUUUUCACAACAUUUAAUAAAUUAAACAUCAAAGUCCCACAAAUAGGUUCAAGAAUAGGUUCUGAUGCAUUUUCUUCAAUUUCCAAUUACCCCUUAUUUGCAAGAGUCAGUUAUAAUGGCGUUUAUAUCGCUUCUAUGUCUGUAAAAAUCCUUUACACACUUGGAUGAAGAAGCUGUGCUCUCAUAUACCAACAAAGCUCGUUUUCUAUAGAGUUCGUAACUGCUUUUCUAACUGAGGCAGAAAAAUAUAAAAUAAAUAUUCUCAAUGACCCUGCGUCACGGUCUUUUCCAACAGCUACUUAUUACGCCACUCUAAAAGCAAACUACUCACAUAUUUUUCAAGAAGCCAUAAAUUGUAACGCCAGACUUAUAGUGUAUGCAGUCCCUAUUAAUGCAGCUCCAGAUGGCAUAAAAGUUUUUCAUGACUUAGGCAUGAGAAAUGGCGAUCUGCUUAUUUACUAUGCAAACCCAGGGACUAUUUCUUCUAUGUUCACAUCUUCUGCACUUUAUCUUGAUGAAUCAAAAGAAGCUGGGACACCUUCAAUUGCAUUUGAACAGCCAGGGUAUACAGGAGAAACUGGAGAAAUGGUGGUCAAUUUACUAAAAAUUACAAUGGUGGUGAGCUAGCCUGCCCUCUUCGCAUCAGUAGGUUCAUCAGGAAAGCCAGGAAUAUUGUGAAAGGGAAAAUAGCAUUUUGAAAUGUGUAUCCGACUAUGUUUUGAUUGGUGAAGCUAUUGUCAGAUUAGCCGAAUUUAUGCUUAAAUGCGUUUUACCCCGAGGGAGAUAGUUCGCUGGAGUGGGGAAAGCAAAUUAGAUAGAAUUCUUAGGCGUGCGUCCUGUGCUUAGGUUCGAUCUUAAUCGACAAUCCGACCAGAAAAUUUAUUUUCGAAACUUCUGAAGGUAAACCCCGUUGACGCUGCCUAGCGAUCUAAGCCUCAUUCCUGAGAAGCAACACAUUGGAAGAUCAAUUGGGGACUAAAAAGUAAGCAGCGGAGUAUUGUGCGGAGGUGAGUAGUGGCCUACGGACAUACAGGGAACUUUCUAUAAGUAAAUUAAGUUUAAGGUGGCUGAUUUACUUGAAAAAAGGUAUAAUAUUGCCAAAAGUGACAAUCUGGUUCAGCCUUGUGCGUAUUACGAUUCUUUAUUAUUAGGAGCUUUGGCAAUUGAUUUCAUGAUAAAUAGAGGGCAAGAUUAUACUAACGCAACUAAAUUAAUGACAGCUAUAAGAAAGCAAAGCUUCAGAGGAUGUUCAGGAAAAGUGCAAAUUGAAGACGGGAUGAAUAAUAGGGUUGUUGACCUAAUUAUUUUGCAAAAUGCUGUUUUAAAUAAAAACACAGGAAAUGUUACAAUAAUUGACAGCGCUUAUAGCGAAUAUAAAGAAUGCUUUAAAAUUUUAUAUGAAUAAUUGGAUAUUUUUUAAUUUAAAAUAUACUCAUUUAUUAUUAUAAGAAUAUAUAAAACCAUUAGGAACGACACUUCUUCAAAUAAUAAAGCCUCUCGUAUAUCCAGAUAACACCACAACUGUUAGUUUAUUAAGAAUUGUAAAUGGAAAUUGCCCUUUCCCAGAUGAUAAAGUAAGAACUUUUACCAAAGGAAGAUACUUAAUUUUCGGCAUUUCUAUUACUGUUGGCAUAAGCACGGCAAUUAUACUCUAAUGCAUUUUUGUAAAAAAGGUCUAUGCGCAGAAUAUGACUCCCAGGUGUGGAUUAAAUGAUCCUAAAAGUCUGCAUACUUGUUAAGCCCACAUAAUAAAUUUAACCAAACACCAAAUUCACGCAUGGCUCCCUUUUUCCAAAAAAAUGCAAAAGAGUAUAUAACAUUUUAUAUCUGAGAAAAAUGAUGGAAUAUAAAAGUGGAGCAACUGAUUACAAAGCAGGAAAUGUCUAUUGAAGAUUUUAUGAUGGGGGCUACAGUGAUAAUAGAGUUUUUCCAGUUGAUAUCAAUGGGACCUAACCUCGCUUCUAUUAGCGCUUUAAUUGGCGACCUAGGAAAUAUGCUUUCUUUAGACAUAAACGAUUUCAUCAGUACUAAAAAUGGCGUCUUUUGGUUUCCACCUUGGCCAACAUUGUCAGAAAAUUCAAUUUUCGAACUUUUUCGACAUUAGUUUUCCUUGGUUUUAUUUUUGGUGUCGUUUUUAUAUGGGCUGUUUUGUCAGUAACUGUAUUGUUUCGACUUGACGAAAGAUUACCUACAAUUGGCUUGUUUAGGCUGCUGAAUAAGUCUGCUGAUUUUUUGAUGCCAAUUCUUGACAAUCUUAUGUUUAUACCAAUAGUUUCUCUACUUUUAGAUGUUUUUAUAUGUGAUGAAUCAAUUGGAGAAAAUUUCACUGAUAGCUUUAUGAUUAAAGAUUGCUAUCAGUUUUGCUGGAAAGGUGUAGGUUUGAGAAUAUUUACCUCUGGCAGGCAUUCUUUUGAUUUUUUGACUGUUAUUUCCUUGAGACAUUUAUUACAUGACAAGGAUUUUAUCCAGACUCUCUUUAAUAACGAGUAA